AUAUAUUUAGGAGUGCAGAGUGUAAUGCUAUUGCUACUUAUCAUAAAUACUUUUACACUUCAUCCAUUUUUUUUCAUCACCAAAUCACUAACUAGUUUGAAACAAAGCAAUGUCAGCAGAACAAGUUUUGAAAUCAUAUGACAUAAGUUGGUUUGAGACAUCAAUUUUCACCAACAAAAAAACAUCUUCACCAUCUAUACAUUCAACAACAUUAGUACUUGAUUCAACCUCAAACUCCAAGGUAAUGGAAGUGCUUUUUUCAGACACAAAACUCCUAAGAAUUCCAACACUUCAUGUAAGGUCUUUUAGUGAUGAAAACUUAUCCUCCAAAAUUGGUGCUUUCUCUGAUUCUCUUUCACCAAACUCUGUUCUCACACAUCAAAAGCUGAAAACAAUUCUUUCAGGUAAGGUAGUAGAAGAUUUCACAAUAGAAAAUACUCAUGCUAAAGAAGAUGAAGAAAAAGAAGCGUUCGAUACGAAAAAGGUGAGUCAUCAUACUCAAAAAACGAAGCUCAGAAAAGGAAAAAGUACCUCUAGGAGUUUGUCGGAGCUCGAGUUUAAGGAGCUAAAAGGGUUUAUGGAUUUAGGAUUUGUGUUUGCUGAGGAAGACAAGGAUUCAAGAUUGGUUUCUUUGAUACCAGGAUUGCAACAACUAGGAAAAGAUGAUUCAAGUUUGAAUAAAAAGGAACAUAAAAUUGAUGAAAAUGUGAUUUGUAGGCCUUAUUUAUCUGAGGCUUGGGGUCUUAUAGAGCAAACAAAAGAAUUUAAUCCAUUGCUUAAUUGGAGGGUACCAAUUCUAGGAAAUGAGAUUGAUAUGAAGGACAAUCUUAAGUUUUGGGCUCACACAGUUGCAUCCAUUGUAAGAUAAUAACAAUCAACAAGUUUUUUCUUUUCUUUUUCUAGUGGAUGUUCAAGUUCAAUCUUCUUCAUUUUCUAUGGAAAAAGUUUACUUGUAUGUAUUUUUUUUAUCCAAUUUGUAUUUUGUUUUUCCUAA